AUGCCAAACAGCUACACGCUACGAGGCGAGAAAGAAAGAUUUCAGAAUCCAGACUAUUACAUCGAUUACACGGUGGCAAUAGAAAAAUGUCAGUGCCCUACACCCUAUUUCGGAUUUAUUCAAUUAACCGCAACCCGUACUAUUCCCGGCGUCGUUUCAGCCGCUGGAUUCCGCGGCGGCGCAUGCGCGAAUGUAUUCCCGAUCGAUGAGCAAAGCCUGUAUCUCCGCGAGUACGCCGCGGAGGACGAGCGGCCGCCGUGCCGUGAGGACUGGCGCCGGCAGGAGUGGUCCGGCGCUCGGAGCCGCCUGCCGCAGGUGGACCGCAGCCCCUCCCGCCGGAGCCCGUACCUCGCGCGCGAUGACGAGCCCUCGCCGGCGCCCGACGAGCGUGGGCGCUCCGCUUCCGCUGGUGCACACCAUCGCGCCAGACCACGGCCGCUCCGCUACCAGUCCCUCGAGCGUGACUACGACCGCUCCUACGCCCCCCCGCCGCCCCCCGAAGAUGACUAUUACCGCCGCGAACCGCCUCCGCUAUUCCUCGGCGAGCUCCAAUCACAGAAUUCGGAUCUGCAGCGCGAACUCGGCAACCUCAAGAAGGAACUGGAACUGACCAAUCAGAAACUGGGCUCCAGCAUGCACAGCAUAAAGACCUUCUGGAGUCCGGAGUUGAAGAAGGAGCGGGCGUUGAGGAAAGAGGAGAGCGCGAAAUACAGCCUCAUUAAUGACCAACUUAAGUUGCUCAAUCAAGAAAAUCAAAAACAAGCGAUGCUGGUGAGGCAGCUAGAAGAAGAACUGAGAUUACGAAUGCGCCAACCUGCUCCUGAACUACAGCAACAGCUCGAAGCACUAUACGCAGAAAAUGAACACCUACAAAGAGAAAUAGCAAUACUAAGGGACACCAUUAAAGAACUGGAGCUUCGUAUUGAGACACAGAAACAAACAUUGCAAGCCAGAGAUGAAAGCAUCAAAAAAUUACUCGAGAUGUUGCAAAAUAAGGGAAUGGGUAAAGAAGAAGAGAGACAAAUGUUCCAACAAAUGCAAGCAAUGGCACAAAAACAGAGACCGUCUCGUACUGUCAUCGGGCGUACAAACAAUCAUUGUUUAGUAAAAUUUGUAUCGCCUACGACUGGGGCUGCGUCGGAUCGGGGACGGUGUCACUCGCGAGCCGGGAGCAGCCCCAGCGGGCAGGACGCGAGGCGGCGGCGGCUGACCGAGUCCGUCCUGCAGGAGCUCAAGGCGACGGCGGACACGCUGCGGGCGCUGCAGAUACAGCUGGAGCGCGCGCUGGCCGCGGCCGGGCUGCCCGGUGGCAGCGCGGGUGCCACGCUCACCGCCGUGCUCGAGACCAAGGAAGCGCGCAUCGCGACGCUGGAGCGCCAGGUGGCCCUGCUCGAGAGCGAGCUGGCCGCGCUCGUGUCGCCGCCGCCGCCCUCGCUCGCACCAUCCCACGCCUCGCUUUACGAUAAGGCCGACCCUCCCUUCAAGAGACAAGUAAGUUUUCUGCUGAACGACGUGCGCGUGACCAAGGACGGGCGCAUGACCGCGCCGCCGCCGCGCACGCCGCGCCCCGCCCUGCGCGCCGCCCACCACCCGCCCUACUAUAGCGCCACCACUCUGUGA